UUGCGAAGCGGAGGCGUGUUGUGGGACACUAAGAGAGUGACCUUUGACCCGGUGGUGCAGGAGACGCAGUUUGACACCGUGAAUGGAGACGCCGCUGAGAUCUCACGAAAGCCUGUGACGCUCAAAGAAGCUGCUGAUAUCGUGGUGCGAUGCCUGGAUCCGUUCUACAAAAAGGGCAAAUUUGCAACAAAGGAUUUGUUCAAAUCCUUUGCUCGUUUCCUCUCCCAUCUUCUCACGGAGGGAAAAACUGCGAACCGAGGCCAAGUCAAGAUGGAAGCGAAGAGCCUCAUCAAGGGCUUCUUCAGCAGGAUUCAGCGCUGCGAGAGCGAGACAGACUGGAGACACUUGAAAGUCGAGGAGAGAUAGCCAUCUUCAUCCGAACCUCUGGAGCUCCACCGAUCGCUUUAUUGUCAGAGAUGCCGUGUGUUUCGCAGCAUGCUGCUGUAUAUCUCAGGUGUAUGUUGAAGGCCUAUAAGCGUACAUUGCACAUUAAUAUCAGCAGCUAUGAAAAAUGCUGUUUUAUUUUUGAAGUCCAGCAACAGACCGCAAUAGCUGUUAUGUAGCAUUAGUUGCUUAUAAUGCACUCCAAGUAGUAUGAACUGUAAUGAAAUCUACAUUAAAAGGCAAAUGUGCACAAA